AUGCAUUCUUUCAAUUGGUUGUUCGAGUUCUUAGAGCGAAUCCAUCCCAAGAAUCGUUAUGCACGGCUCACGAAGGCUAAGAAAGCGAAAGCUAAUGCCGUUCGAGUUCUAAAAGGUCACGUGGCAUUGUAUGUGGGGAAAGAGGAGAAGAGGUAUGAAGUUCCGGUGAAAUAUCUCUCCCUCCAAUCAUUUAAAGAAUUGUUGGCCCAGUCACAACCCUAUGAGCUUGAUAUUAAGAAUGACGGCCCAAUCGUGCUUCCGUGCACUAUUGAGUUGUAUGUGGGGAAAGAGGAGAAGAGGUACGAAGUUCCGGUAAAAUAUCUCUCCCUCUGA